AUGUACAAUCGAUAUUGGUGGCAUGUCGCACGGGGCCGAGCAGAGCUUGUCGUAAUGCCAUUGAGACUUGUCUUCUUAUCCCCGAAUCGUUCAAUAGCACGUUCUCCCAUCCUUCUCUCCGCGCGCAACUCCCGCUCGGUUCAUCUAGCCCCUCCCUAUCUCCUUGACGAAUAUAUCCCGCGCUAUCAACUCCUCUCGUCGGUUGAUGCAGCGAUAAAACGCUCUACGGCAUAUGCACAUCUGCGAAACUGUAAUUUGUGUCCUCGUCUCUGUGGAGUAAACCGGUAUGAGAAGACAGGCUACUGCCUGAUACCUGGAGGGACAGUUAAGGUGAACGUCAUUGCGCCACAUUUCGGAGAAGAGCCAUGCAUUCAAGGCUCAAGGGGAAGCGGAUCUGUUUUCUUCUCGAUGUGUAAUUUGAGAUGCACUUUUUGUCAAAACCAUGACAUUUCUCACCAGCGGAACGGGUUUGACCUGACUCCGGAAGAGCUAGCAGAGUGGAUGCUGAAAUUACAAGAUGUUGGACAUGUUCAUAAUAUAAACUUUGUCACGCCAGAACAUGUGGUUCCCCAAGUGGUUCUAGCCAUCUUAACGGCCGCUGAGAUGGGCCUCAAAAUACCGAUAAUCUACAACACCUCAUCAUUCGACUCUCUAGAUUCUCUGGCCCUCCUUGACGGCCUUGUUGAUAUAUAUCUUCCAGAUUUCAAAGUUUGGAAAACAAGUACUUCCAAGCGGUUGCUGAAGGCAGAUAACUACACCGAAACGGCGAUGGAGAGCAUCAAAGCUAUGCAUGCCCAGGUCGGGGAUUUGAGCUUUACUGCGGAUGGGAUCGCGAAACGUGGAGUGUUGGUUCGGCAUCUAGUAAUGCCUGGGAAAGAAGAUGAAGGACAGGAGAUUGUGCGUUGGUUGGCAGAGAAUGUUUCAAAGGAUUUAUACAUUCAUAUUAUGGAACAGUAUCAUCCUGAUGCGCACGUAGGUAAGAAGCGCCGAGGCAAAUCUGGUGCUGAAGAGGUUCGGUAUGCGGAUAUCAAUCGUGCAAUCAAUGAGAGAGAGCUUGGUGCUGUCACCAGUGCAGCGAGAGAUGCGGGAUUAUGGCGAUUAUGUGAGGCAGCAGAGCAUGGAGGCUUCCAUCUGUAA